UCUGUGCGGUAAGACUCGCGGGGGCGGUGUGUGUGUUUACAUCAACACGGAAUGGUGUAAGGACUCUGUGCUUGUGUCUAACUACUGCUCAUCGGGAGUGGAGUUUGUGACCGUUAGAUGCAGACCUUUUUAUUUACCCCGGGAAUUCACCACUACUCUCAUUAUCGGAGUGUACAUUCCCCCCAGCGCUAAUGCUAAGGAGGCUCUGUGUGAGCUGUACGGAGCUGUUAACGAGCUGCAAAAUGCUCACCCCGACGGACUGUUUAUCAUCGCCGGAGAUUUCAAUCAUGCAAAUCUCAGAACAGUGCUCCCUAAAUUCCAUCAGUAUGUGGACUUUGCUACGAGAGGGGCGAACACGCUGGAUGUUGUUUACACAAACAUUCCCGGCGCGUAUCGUGCGGAGCCCCUCCCCCACCUCGGCUACUCAGACCACAUCUCUGUGAUGUUGAUUCCAGCAUACAGACCGCUGGUCAGACCGCUCUAAACCGGUUCUGAAACAGGUUAAAACCUGGCCAGCAGGAGCCAUCUCUGCUCUUCAGGACUGUUUUGAGUGCACUGACUGGAAUAUGUUCAGGGAGGCUGCAACCAACGGCGACUCUAUUGACUUGGAGGAGUACACGGCAUCAGUGACCGGCUACAUCGGGAAGUGCAUCGAUGACGUGAACGUCUCCAAGACCAUCACCACACGCUCCAACCAGAAGCCGUGGAUGACUGCAAAAGUGCGUGCUCUCCUGAGGUCAAGAGACUCCUGCCUUCAGAGCAGGGGACAGGGCGGCCUUAAAAACAGCUAGGGCCAAACUGUCCCGAGCCAUCAGAGAGGUGAAGCACACGCCCAGAGAAUCCACGGCCACUUCCAGGACAGCGGAGACUCCUGGCGCAUGUGGCAGGGCAUUCAGGCGAUCACGAACUACAGGAGAACUUCACCUGCCUGUGACAGUGACACCUCCCUCCCAGACGCACUGAACGACUUCUAUGCUCGGUUUGAGGCACAGAACAACACAACAGAGAAGAAGACCAUCCCUCCUCCUAAUGACCAGGUGCUCUGUCUUACCACAGCUGACAUGAAGAGAACUCUAUGCAGAGUUAACCCCAGGAAGUCUGCUGGACCAGACAACAUUCCUGGCAGAGUGCUCAGGGAGUGUGCAGAGCAGCUAGCAGAUGUCUUCACUGACAUCUUCAACAUCUUGCUGAACAGCUCCAUCAUCCCACCGUGCCUCAAGACAACGACCAUCGUCCCUGUGCUUGAGAAGUCUACGGUUUCCUGCCUCAAUGACUAUCGUCCCGUCGCACUCACACCAAUCGCAUGGAGUCCUAACCGCUUCACAGACGAUGCCAUCACCACAACUCUCCAGCUUGCCCUCACACACUUGGACUUCAUGGCUUACUCCAGAAGUCUGCUAUCAGAAGAUCAGCUCCAGUGUCCUAUCUGUCUGGAUGUGUUCACUGAUCCAGUCACUACUUCAUGUGGACACAACUUCUGUAUGAUCUGUCUCAAAGAGUUCUGGGACAGCAGUUCACACUGCCAGUGUCCACUCUGUAUGGAGGAAUUUCAUAAACAUCCUGAACUACGUGUGAAUACGUUCAUUUCAUCACUUGUUGCUCAGUUCAAGGAGCAGCUUCUUUCCAAGACUAAGAAGGUUCUGUGUGACUCCUGCACUGAGGAAAAGCUGGAGGCUCUAAAGUCCUGUCUGCACUGUGGAGUUUCUUACUGUAACACUCAUCUGAUGCCUCAUAAAACUACAGCUAAACUCAUGAAGCACAAACUCAUAGACCCUGUGGAGAACCUGGAGGACUACAUAUGUCAGAAACAUGAGAGACCCCUGGAGCUGUUCUGUAGAGAUGACCAGAUGUGUGUGUGUCAGUUCUGUACUGAGGGAGAGCACGAAACUCACAACACUGUUCCUCUAGAGGAGAUUAGAGAAAAGAUAUGGGUACAGGAGAAACAAGCAGAAGUUCAGCAGCUGAUCCAAGAGCGAUUGAAGAAAGUUAGGGAAAUCAAACUCUCUGUAGAACUCAGUAAAAAGAACACAGAGAAGGAGAAAGCAGACGUUGUGGAGAUCUUCAGCAAUCUGAUGAGCUGCAUUAAGAGAGGCCAGGUUGAGCUGCUUAAGGUGAUGGAGGAGACACAGAAAGCAGCAGAGAGGCGGGCUGAAGAGUUCAUUAAAGAGCUGGAGCAGGAAAUCACUGAGCUAAAGAAGAGAAACACUGAGCUGGAGCAGCUCUCACACACUGAGGAUCACCUCCACCUCCUACAGAUUUACCCGUCACUGUGCAGCCCUCCACACACCCAGGACUGGACUGAUGUCACAAUUAACACGAAAGUGAAUGUGGAGACACUGAUUUCUCUGUCUCAGCUUCAGGAAACUCUGAGUGAGAAAAUGGAGAAGCUUUAUCAGAUCAAACUGUGGAAAAUAAUUGACUGCAUUCAAAAAUAUGCAGUGGAUGUGACUCUGGAUCCUGAUACAGCUCAUCCUUAUCUCAUCCUGUCUGAUGAUGGGAAACAAGUAGGACACAACAGAUACAUGGUAGAAAACCUCCCUGAUUACCCGGAAAGGUUUGAUACAUCUCUGUAUGUGCUGGGAAAUGAGGGAUUCACUUCAGGGAGAAUUUAUUAUGAGGUACAGGUUCAUGGAAAAACUGAUUGGAUUUUAGGAGUGGUCAGAGAGUCUAUUAAAAGAAAGGGACUGAUCAUACCUUGCCCUGAAGAUGGAUACUGGUGUGUGUGGAAAAGAAAUGAUGAUAAAUAUUCAGCAUGGGACUCUCCUCGUGUCUCCCUCUCCAUGAAACAGGCUCCUCAGAAGGUGGGGGUGUUUGUGGAUUAUGAGGAGGGUCUGAUCUCCUUCUAUGAUGUUGAUGCAAAGUCUCAUAUCUACUCGUUCACUGGUCAGACUUUCACUGAGAAACUUUAUCCGAUAUUCAGCCCUUGUAAUCAUGAGAAUGGUCAAAAUGUAGUACCUCUGGUCAUCUGUUCUAGAAGUUAAUCAAACAAUAAUCAUUAAAUGAAUUUUAAUUUCCUUUCUUCUAUGAAAACCUUGUCAUUUUGAGUUGAAUCCUGCUUCUGUAUUUACAGUAGCAUUUCUGUUUUAAUAUUUUGCUCUACAGUGUUUAUAGGGUUUGUCUCUACCAUGUCCUGGAUGUCGGUAUUAUUUAUGUUUGGCUGUAGACCUAUUUUAAAUUUGUAUUUGGGUAAGAUUGGGUUACUGGAAAAUGCACUGUAUGAAAAAAGCAACAUAUUACUCCAUUUACAGCUUGUUUUAUAAUCUUUUGAUCUGAGCAUUUAAUAAACUGGGUUCUGGAGACACACAAAGGUCCAUGAAGCACA